ACUACACACUUGAUAAGGGGAGGCAGGGAUAGUUUGGGAUGUGCAAGCACCGGUCUACUGUGGUCUACUGUGGUCUGCUGUGGAGCAGAGGGAGGACUGCUUCAGAGCACAAUACUAGCAAGGAGAGAAAAGAGGGGGAGAGUUGCAGCCAAGGAGACCACAGAAAAACUCAAAUCCCCAACUCUGCAAAGAGGAGAAGCAUACACAAAAGCAUUCUUGGCUUUCACUUUUAAGGAAGAAAACACAAAAGGCCCCAGGAGCCACAUCGUUUAAUUCAAAUUUGGGCAGAAAGGCGUGACGGGACAGCAUCGCUCUGGUUUUCAUCCCACUGCAUGAAUGAUAACUAGACGUGCAUCUACAAACUAAAAGGAUGGGAGCUACCAUGAGGAUCGCGUGUUUGCUGCUUUCACUCAGUCUUUUAUGUCAAAAAGUGCGCUCAGAGAAUGAGAGUGCUAUUUCUGUGGCCACCGAAGCGUUGGAUGCUGCUGUCGUCCCGCCAGAGGGAAAUGUUCCAGCCACCGAAGUGCCAGCUGAUGUUAUUAUACAUGCAAACAGAACAGAUGUUGAAACGGAACCCGAUGUAACUAUAGCGCCCCCAAGUGAGGGGCAGAAAAUGACUUUAGCACCCAACUCUGUGGUCCCCAUUUCUACUGUCACGAAGGCUACCACUGCCAAGGUAGCAGACGGCACCGAGGUAGCAGACAGUGCUGAGGUAGCAAACGGUGCACCAGGAGCAGAUGCCGCUGAGGUAGCGGAUGCUGCUAAGGUAGCAGACGCCGCUGAGGUAGCGGAUGCUGCUAAGGUAGCAGACCCCGCUGAGGUAGCGGAAGCUGCUAAGGUAGCAGACCCCGCUGAGGUAGCGGAAGCUGCUAAGGUAGCAGACCCCGCUGAGGUAGCGGAUGCUGCUAAGGUAGCAGACGCCGCUGAGGUAGCGAAUGCUGCUAAGGUAGCAGACCCCGCUGAGGUAGCGGAAGCUGCUAAGGUAGCAGACCCCGCUGAGGUAGCGGAUGCUGCUAAGGUAGCAGACCCCGCUGAGGUAGCGGAUGCUGCUAAGGUAGCAGACCCCGCUGAGGUAGCGGAAGCUGCUAAGGUAGCAGACCCCGCUGAGGUAGCGGAUGCUGCUAAGGUAGCAGACCCCGCUGAGGUAGCGGAAGCUGCUAAGGUAGCAGACCCCGCCGAGGUUGCAGACGGAGCCAAGGUAGCAGACGCAGCCACAGAAGUUGCCGAGGUUGCAGUUGGUGCCGAGGUAACAGAUGCCGCUGCAGAUGGUGCCAAGGUCACAGACGCUGUCGAGGUCACAAAUGCGCCAGCUCCAGCUCAACCAUAUGCGCCAACCAACACAAACGAUCCUCAUGUCUUUCGUACGCUACCAAGCGUUGUCCCAACCACUACCCUACCAAAUGUAACCUUCCGAGUGGCGGGGUCUUCUCACGCCCCCACGGCACGAACGCCAGAAGCUCUUCCCCAGACAACUAGAACCACAGCAAGUGACAAGAUGGGGUUGCUAGGCAACGCGGGGACGACCAAAGCUGCCUACAUGCCAAAUCAUCAACUCGUAACGCAUGGUAUCUUCAUUUCCAAGACCGACCAAGCAGAUGCCAAAGCAGAGGAAACCACUGCCACAAGCCUCAGGCAGACAUCUGCAGCGUCUAGGGCCCCAGAGCCAGCUGAGAGGAUAGGGACCACCAUCCUGACCCCAACAACACCUUCUGUUGUCGAGGCCUGGCCUGUUGAGGCCAACACAAAUCCUAAGAAGUUUUCGUACUCGUUGAACAGUGGACAAGAGAAGGAGGAAGAGAAAGAGCUCAUGGAGGUGUGCAGGCGCCUGAUGGGGAACCUGAAAGACGGAAACUGCACGCUGACGUGGCGCCACCAUCAAGGCAAACUGAUCUUUGACUGUGUGGAGAUCAACGGCAAAGUGAAAACCGCUCUUGCUACUCAGUAUUAUGAAGAAAUAACCAAGAAACCAACAGAUAACAAAACCCUGAUUGCCAUCUUGGCGUCGUGUGGCGCCCUGUUGAUUAUGAUCGUCAUCCUGGCCGUGUGUGCAUCCCACCACCGCAAGCCCUACAGUGAAAACCAGCAACACCUGACAGAGGAGCUUCACACGGUGGAGAACGGUUACCAUGACAACCCCACGCUUGAGGUGAUGGAGGUGCAGCCGGAGAUGCAGGAGAAGAAGGUGGCGCUGAACGGCGACUUCAACGACAGCUGGAUCGUCCCCAUCGACAACCUCCUCAAAGAGGACGUCCCUGAUGAGGAGGACACGCACCUGUAAGCGAAACAAGGCCCGGCACAGAUGAAGACACCUUACACCCAGCAGAUACGGGACUGUGACGUCGGCAGCCGUACUAAACUGCCAGUCGUGAACGUGACGAUCAAAGAAAUAAUACAUCAGUAAAUAUUGCCUUUGUGUAAGGUCUGAUAUACUGUACAUUCAUGCACCAUAUAUUUUUUUUAUGAAAAAUCUGAAAAUUAAGCCUUUUAAUGGCAUUUGCCUUGAGAUGAGUGACCCUGUGGACUGCUAAGUGGGAUGGCUUUGCCCUGUAUACUGCCUAAUUCACACUUACUUUGCCCUUUUGUUGACUCGUUCCUCUUUAAGUGAACACUGUAAAUAUAUUUUUCUAUUACUCUUGCUAAGGUUGGACAAGUCACUUUUGACACGAGCACAUUUUGGAAAUGUAUUCAAUGAUUCCCUUUAAACCAAUCAAAA